AUGCCGCCUCGUUUGACGACUCUUAGAAGGCUAUCCCCUUCGACGCUUAAUACGCGAAACAAGCUCAAUGUUCACUUGCGCAGCCCUGGUUCAUCAUCAGUCUUUUCUUCGGUUUUCUUUUCUACAACUACGAGAUUCCAUGCUCGUAGCCACGAGCCUACAUACUAUGAAAUCCUCAAUGUGCCGGUGACCGCGACAGCCGCCGAAAUAAAAAAACAAUUCUACGCUCUCUCCCUAAAACACCACCCAGACCGCAACCGCUCCGACCCCAAAGCAACCGAACGCUUUGCCACAAUCUCUUCUGCGUACCACAUCCUCGGCGACAGCCACAAACGCGCGCGCUACGAUCUCGAUCAUGGCAUCGGCAGUACGUCCACCCAUGGAGGAACGCAUACACAUCCCAUGGGUAGCCACAGCAGUGCCGGCGCAACGUAUGCCGGGUCUAGACCAGCGAGUGGAUUGAGUAAACGACGCACGGCGUUUAGGGGUCCUCCGCCUAGUUUUUAUGCGCAUGGGGGAUAUGGCGCGAGACAGCAGCAGCAGCAGGGGGCGCCGGGGGGUCAUUAUACUAGUACCGGUGGCCCGGCCAGUCCAGGGGCACAAAACAGCGAAGAUCCGACGUCUUUUAUUAACGAUAAUCCCGUCUGGCAUUUUAAUGCAAAGGGACAUUACAAGACUCAGGCAGCGGAGGAUGCGCGACGGAAAGAGAGAAGAUCGCAGCAGAUGCAGCGUGAGCGCGAGAUUUUGGAGGCCGAGAGGGGCGGGAGUUUUGUGUUGAGGUUUGUGAUUGUUUCGGGGAUUUUGCUUGUUACGGCUGCUUUUGGGGCGUUGGUGAGUGAGGGUAGUACUGCUGCUGCUGGGCCUAGCAGUAAGACAGGGAGAUCGCAACAUAAAGGAAGGAAUCGGGAGACUUGA